AUGGCCGCACUCUCCCACUGGGCCUCUGCCGACUCUGCAGGCUUCCGCCGACAGUCGAGAUCCGGCUCGUUCCUCGGCCCGCCCCGCCUCUUCACGGGCGCAUACUACCCCGCGAUCCAGCAGACUGUCGUCGUGGACGGCGCGCUCCCGGGUACUACCGAGUCCAAGGAUGAAGUCAAGGUCCGCAAGCGCGAGACGAUCUUUGGACCGGAUGUCGGUGACGACGACCAGCCUGGCUGGACGGAGGGCGGGGACGGCAAAGCGGUCUCGGUCGACGUUGUCAAGCGCUGGGUCGACAAGGCCAAGGGCGAGGAGGGCCUCCACACCACGACCACUCUUCAGGCUCUUGUCAACCUCAAGCGCCCGUCACUCCUGCUCCAUCCUCUCGACCAUGUUCCGGAGGCAGACGUAACGUCUGCACCCGUGCCUCCUGCACAGCCACUGCAUCUCCUCAAGUUCAACUACGACGCGAUGACGCCACUGGUCAAUAUCACGCUCUCGCUGUAUCCGAACAACAAGAGCGACGAGGUAGUCUCUCACCAGCCGCCCAAGGUGCUGUACACGGGAGUGCACCCUGGCGGCUUCAACAAGCUGUUUGACCUGCCAAAAGAGGCGGCGCUUGACUUGAACCUUGCGAUCGUGCCGAUCGCGCCCGUCGAGGAGGCGAUCGAGGAAGAGGACGAAAGCAGGGCUGCGGCUCCCCCCGCCAGCGUGACUACGAGCCGCACGAGUGGAGAGCGCGCCGAGCCGACUGCUGAUCCAGACCCCACUGCCAUUCCGGAGCACCACCAGGAGCAGCAACACACGGGUCGCCGUUUCGGCCUCUUCCGGAGGCAGCGCGAGCACGACGUCGAGGCCAACAUUGAGAUGACGCCGACAAACGAGCCGCCUGCUGAGGAGACCAAGAAGGAGGAUAAGAAGGAGGAGGAGGAGGAGCACGGCAUGCGCCUCGUCAUCUCCCUCGAGGCUAUUGGGCCUGAGGGCGAGCCGUUGCGUCGCCGCAACGCGCAGCUCACUCACAUUCUCGUGAGCGGGACGUGGGUGCCAGACGCGGGCGCGACCGACCACUCUGGCACGGGCAAGCGUGUUUGGGUUGUCAAGGUCGUGCGUCGCGAGGCGCAGAUCGGCGGGCACAGCUUCCUCCUCAAGGAGAUCUAUGGUCUCUCGUCGGCCGCUGGCGCUGACUCGACCUACCCGCCGACCUCGUCGGACCCGUACGCGUCCACGCCAAACGAGUGCAUCGUGUGUCUCACGAGCCCGCGCGACGUUGUCCUCCUCCCCUGCCGCCACCUGGUGGUGUGCAGGGAGUGUGCAGUUGGCAUGGUCGAAUUCGGUGCGGGUGGCCGCGUGGCGAGACGUGACGACGAGGCCGCCGCAGCAGCAGCGACAGCCGGCGGCGCGACCACGGGCACGACCGAGGAGCCGCCGCAGAUGGGCGUCGGCAUCGGAGGACUACUGACGCCUGCGCCCGCACCCCCUCCUGCCCCGCGCCGCAAGAAGAAGGCCAAGGGAUGGUAUUGCCCUGUGUGCCGCCAGCCGUACACGUCACUCCUGCGCCUCGCCCUCCCGUCGAGUAAGGAGAGCGGCGCAGCCACGCCUGGUGUCAUUGAGCCUGUUCAGCGGGCGGGAAGUAUCCGCUCAAUGCGUACUACGCGGAGUACGCGCAGUGUCGCAACCCUGCCUCGCGGUGCGGAGGAGAUGCUUUCUGGCCUCGGCCCCGAGAUCAGCGACGACGAGGACGACGAGGACGACGACCGUGAGCGCAUCGAAGCGCGCGAGCGCGCAGAGGAACUGGAGCGCCCGCAGUUUGUCAUUGGCGAGGCGACGACUAGUCCGCCGCCCCGCACGGCCACGCCGAGUCAGCAGGCAGAUGUGCAGACACCGCCCGCUUCGCCGCCGGCACGUGCCACGGCCGCUGGGCCGCCUGUUACUAGUAUUCCCGCCGCUCCCGGGCCUAGUGCGACUGCCGACCCUUCCGCCGCGCCCGCGGCCGCCGUCGCCGCCCUCCGCGUAGAGUAG